AAUGUCUUAAAUAUGGAGAAACUGCUGCCCAUCUCUGACAAAGAUCUGACGAAGUCGUCUGUCCGGCAAUUGAGGAUCUCGAUGUCCAAUCUUUUGCUGGUUGGCUGCGCGCUGGCGCCCUUUACCAUGGUCUAUACUAUACUGAUGACAUUGAUAUUCGACUAUGCGGGCUCCACCUAUACGCACUGCCAGGUGAUGAACAUUCUGCCGUCCAUGUCGACGGUGAUCCGACAACAACAACCCUUGUGGAUAUUCAUCAUAUGGGCGCAGCUGCCGGCUCGCCUGCUAGCGGCUUGGCUCUACUGGCGCUAUCGGAGACGCGGGCUGCCAUUGCGGGCACGCAUACUGAAAUACCUGUCGCUGUUGCUUCUGGUUUAUAACAGCGUCAGCUCCAUUUCAGCGGUGCAAUAUGGUCAUCUUUCGGGCACAUUUCACAAUGCGACAGCACUUUCCAGUUGGAUAACGGGCCUUGGCUAUAUAGGCCUCUCCCACAUGAGCCAGAAAUUCGGUGCAUAUGAGCCAAUGGGUCCGCACGAGAGGCUCUCCAAUCGCAUCAAGCGCAAGAUGCUAUUCACGAACUGCACCGCCAUGGUGGUCAUGUGGCCAUUUUAUGUGCUGCACGUCAACUUUUGUCUGACAAUGGCCUAUUCCGUUUUUUCGUUUUGUGAAUACAUAUUGACCUUGUCUAUAGCGUGCCAUAUAUGGACAUCAUAUCUGGAUUUCUAUGAUGUCUAUCUGUGCCUCAAUUUACAUUUUGGUUGCUUUUUGGCAGACGCAUAAUUAUGGAAUAUAAACUCUUUUUAAGACAAUACUAAAUAUAUAUGAAUACAGAUUUGUGGCUGCUACGCUUCAUA